GUCACGUGGCCUAGCAUGGCCGCCUCCAUGGCCCGCGGCGUGAGUGCCCGGGUCCUGUUGCGGGCCGCCGGGGGUUCCUGGGGUACCUGGGCUGGGCACGCGGCAUUGACGUCCAGGACUCUCGGGACGACAGGUACCUCGGGCCGGGCAGGGCCGCGGCUGGCAGCGAGGCCGCAGCCCCUCACCCCCUGUGUUUUCCAGGAGAGCGGGCGCGCAGGCGAGGACGAGGCGGACGGCCCGGAGCUGCCCCGGGACGCGGUCAACGUGGUCUUCGUGGACCGCGCUGGUCGGCGGAUCCCCGUGACGGGCAGAGUCGGGGACAAUGUUCUUCACCUGGCCCAGCGCCACGGGGUGGACCUGGAAGGGGCCUGCGAAGCCUCCCUGGCAUGUUCCACCUGCCAUGUGUAUGUGAGUGAUGCUCACCUGGAUCUCCUGCCUCCUCCUGAGGAGAGGGAGGACGACAUGUUGGACAUGGCCCCACUGCUCCAGGAGAACUCGAGACUGGGCUGCCAGAUUGUGCUGACCCCUGAGCUGGAAGGAGUGGAGUUUGCUCUUCCCAAGGUCACCAGGAACUUCUACGUGGAUGGCCACAUCCCCAAGCCUCACUGAGAUGAGGCCACAGGACCAAGCAGGGCCACUGAACUGAAAAGCCAUGCUUCCGGCCCCAGAGCACGGACUGGCAGGGAAAGAGAAGUUGGAAGCACAGUGUGAGACCAGAGCCGCUUCUGGGGACAGCCAUUGUCUGGGCCCUGAGGGGGAAUGGGUCUCCAUCUUGGGUGUGUCAGUCCACCAGGGAGAAUCGAACUAUAAAUUAGGGAUGGACUCAAACCAGAGCUGCAAUAAAAAGUCAUACACA